AUGGACGCUGGCGGUCUAGCUCAGAUGACUUACAAUAACAUGUCUUUCAAUGGCGGUUCCCUUGGCGUUCCGGGUUCUGGUUUCGCGUCUCGUGGGAAGGGUUCUCACAUCAAACGUCUCAGUGUCCCUCACCCGUCAAAUAUUGGGUCCAUUAAUGAAUCUACGUCCUCCCCUUCAGUUACCACGCCACGCACUAGUCGUUCCCAUCUCCUGGCUGGACUGAGAACUGCUCCAAAGCAUUCUCCGGCACCCGCCACUGCUCCCUUGUCCCAUCAGCAGCCCCAUCCAUCGUUGGAUCAUUCCAGAUAUGGUGCUCAGCCAAAUUCCUAUGUCCAGCGCGUCCCGAUGACAUCAACUGGAGCAUUGUUUCCCAAUCACGCUAAUUCAUUCGGCUCCCAGUCGAACAGUAGACAUCAAAUGUACUCCUUGCCAGAACACGUACUUCCGCCUCCCACAAUUGAUCUCCCAAUUGACGAGAAUGGAGAACCUAUUGACGAAAAGUUGUAUGCAGAAUUGGUUUCGACAAACCUUUUCCUUGCUGCCCAACAACAACGUCUGCAGGAACAGCUAGCCUCAGUCACAGCUGCCGCGCAGCAAUUCCAAGGGUUGAACCUUGGUUUUUCGAUGGCCUCUCAGCAGCAAGUGAUGUCACCAACCACCCCGGGACCUGCCACAACAGCAGCAGCAGCAUGA